AGGAGAGCAUUGGAUAUUCAUAGGGCUUCGCGGCCUUCCCUUGAAGCAACAACAUUGCCGUCCCUCUCUUUACUCGCAGUACUACCACCAUGAGGCCCCCCAAUGCCGACAUCCCGACUCCCGUAGCUUUCCCCUUUCCACCUCCGGACCCCGACCAUGGCACUGCCAACUCGCCGACCACGCCGCGGCGUCGCUCUCGCACCUCGACCGUGGCAUCCAAUGCCUCGAGUCGGAUACGGAGCGCCAGUAUAAAGUUCAUGGAGGCCUCGCCGCCUCCGGGCAUGUGGGCUGCCACUGGGACCACAAUCGCUAGGGCACCUACGUUGUCUGAUAUUCGGAGAGGAUCAUCUGGCACCCCUGGGAGGCAUGAUGGAACACAGGAAGAGACAGCAGAGGAGGUCGGCAGCGGACUGGCAAGCACUGAGCCUUACCCCCCUGUUACCCAACCCAAACAAGACUCUUCUCAAGUCAUCCGAGAAACCAGCAAGGAGCAUGACGCGCUCAUUGGAUCUGGCAGGAAGGAAAGCGAGGAAGUGGAUACCGUAAAUGGGCUGGUACCGAAACUAUCGAAGACCCGUCAGUAUUCCAAUGGCUAUGUACCUCCCCCAAAGGUUCCCUGGACACGAGCUACGGCGAUAGGGCUCAAGGCGUUCUGGAAGUGGUUCAUUACCCCUGCCGGCUUUCUCAUUACCAUCUACGGUCUCAACAUAGUGGCAUGGGGAGGCAUGCUCUUUCUGCUCCUCUGCAAUGCUGCCCCGGCUAUGUGCAAACCCACCUGCAACGACAUCAAUUCGCCGAGAAGGAAAUGGAUCGAGGUUGACUCUCAGAUCCUCAACGCAUUGUUCUGUGUCACUGGCUUCGGUCUCGCCCCGUGGAGAUUUCGGGAUCUGUACUGGUGGGCCUGGUGGAGGCUAGGUGGAGUGAAGCGCAGAGAGACGGGUAUCCGACGGCUGGCUGGCAUUCACCGCGGGUGGUACCGUCUCCAACGCUCAGAUACCCUCCCCCCGGAUGCCUCCGCGAAGACUGUCAGUCCCGAAGAUCCGGCUGUUCCUAUACCGAUUGAGAAGAUACCCGAUCCGCCUCCCACCGGCGUCCAUGCGCCGCCGACGAAACCGUGGAAGAUGGAUUUCGUCGUCUGGAUGAACGUCUGGAACACGUUGUUCCAGAUCGUCCUCUGCUUCUACAUGUGGCACUACAACCGCUACGACCGUCCCUCGUGGGCAACCGGAUUGUUCGUCGCCUUGGGGUGCAUCGUCGCUGGCCUCGGAGGCAUCAUGAUGUUUCACGAGGGGAAGCACGUGAAGCGGGUAGAGGGGGUCCCUAUCCCCAAGGGCUACGAGAAUUACGACGUCGAGCUUGAAGCAGCCGCCCAGCGGGAUGUGAAGCCCUAACCUUCCAUUAUUUUCAGUCACUUUUGUAUCCCUCAGUGUUGCUGUUGAUUGGGGUCGGCAGGACCGGUCUGUCUGGCGUCUUGGACUUGGAGAUACCCGUCCGCGUGAAGGACUACCUACGCACAUGCUUGUAAUACACAUCUUUAGGUUUUGUUGUGACAUACUUUAAGGCUUGUCUGGUGAAGAGUCUUCUUGUACGAGAGGGUCUGG